AUGGAACGUAAAACGUUUCCUAAGAAUGAAAUUAUGGCAAUUAAAGAAGAAAUAGCAAAAAAAACCAAUACAUUGUUAAUUACAUAUAAUUUAUCCACAGAAAAUGAAAAGCAGAAUUUUGAAAAUAAUAAAUCUAAUAAAAGAAAUAAAGAAUCAUCUGAACGCAAAAAAAAUGAUGUUUCCAAAAAAGUUAUAAAAAUCUUCGGAUAUCUCAUAUAUUCUCAUAUUUCUUUAUCUACUUCACCCGUAACAAGAAUAUUAAAAUUAUGCAUUCAUCCAUCAUCAAGAAGGAAUGGCUUGGGAAGCAUGCUGUUGGAAUAUACCAUUAAAAAAACAGGUGUACCUCAAAAAUCUAGAGCAGACUUAUAUGUAGACACGGAAAGAUUGAAUGCUAUUAAUCUGUAUCAUAAGGUAGGAUUUAAGAUUAAAGAUCAAGUAAAAGACUAUUAUGAGAUUGGAAGAGAUGCAUGGCUUAUGGAACUGUCAUAA